GGGCGCCCGGGGCCGGCCGGGAUGUGGCGCUGGAGCUGCCGGAGCCCGACAUGGGAGCGACCCCCGCGAUCCCCGAGCGCCUCCGCCUGCCCCUCUGCUGCCUCGGCGUGUUCGCCUGCUACUUCUGCUACGGCAUCCUGCAGGAGAGCAUCACUCGGGGCCGUUACGGGGAGGGGGCUCAGCAGGAGAAGUUCAGGUUCGCGCUGACCCUCGUGUUCAUCCAGUGCGUCAUCAACGCCGCCUUCGCCAAGCUCCUGAUCCGGCUCGUGGAUGGGGCGCGGGUGGAUCGCACACGGUGGCUCUACGGCGCCUGUUCCCUGUCCUACCUGGGGGCCAUGGUGUCCAGCAACUCGGCCCUGCAGUUCGUCAGCUACCCCACACAGGUCCUGGGCAAGUCCUGUAAGCCCAUUCCAGUGAUGCUCUUAGGGGUGACCCUGCUGAGGAAGAAGUACCCCCCAGCCAAGUACCUGUGCGUGCUGCUCAUCGUGGCAGGCGUGGCCCUGUUCCUGUACAAGCCCAAAAAGGGGGCCGGGGGCGACGACCACGUCUUUGGCUACGGGGAACUGCUGCUGGUGAGUGCUGGGGGCACCCGGGGCAGGGAGGGACCUCGGGGGGGUUACAGCUCUCCUGUGCCCCAGGGAGCCAAACACAGAACUCAGCGCUGUCGCGACCUGGACGGGCUCACGUGUCCCAGCCACAUGGGGCUCACUACCAACUGGCUCCAACCACAGAUGCUCAACGUCAACCCUGGUCCACCCUGUUCCUGGGGGCGGGAUCCUGUUCACUGGGGAGGCUCUGGAGGUAUCCUGAGUUUCACGGAACGAUUAUCCAGCAUCAUCUCCAACAUCCUCCUGUUCGGCCUCACCAGCGCCCUGGGGAGCUCCAUGCAGUGGGUGGGGACGAUCCUGGUCUUCCUGGGCUCGGCCAUCGAUGCAAUUCGGGAAGGGAGUGAAGAAAACGUCGCACUGAGGAGGUGGUCGGUCGUUGGUUUUGGGCGCAGCCCAGAAUUCCGUGAGUUCUUUGGCGUGGCCUGA